GGUCUGCGUGCUGUGCGAGCCAAUCACAUCUAAGAUAAACACAAUAUUGCGUCAUUGUUAUUGUGGUAGUUGGAGCUUCAGCUGCUUACAUAGAUUUCGCCAGCAUUCGCUUAGAUUUAGGCCUGUAAAGCUGCGUUAACGAGUGGACCCACAAGACUAUACCACCAGUACAAUGUCGCUCCAAAAGGACGUUUCAUCGGACGAGAGCUUGCAAGGUUCAUGGGUUGAGCUGCAUUUCAGUGGAAAUGGCUCUCAAAGUACGAGUCAUCACGGAAGCCAGGAGCAAAUCCCGACGUCUGUGCAGGAGAGUGACGUGGAGAAAAUGCUGCUGGAUGCACAACACGAGUCAGGCAGAAACAGCUCUAGAGGAAGCUCGCAGUGCAACAGCCCACUCAGAGCCCAGACCCCCCUUCUUCUGUGGAGAGGCUCAGAGGCAAACAGCUCACAGUCAGAUGAAGACUUCCAAGAAAGAAGACGGGAAGUGGAAAACAUGAUGAAAAAAAAUGCAGACUGGAUCUGGGACUGGUCUAGUCGACCUGAGAACAAUCCACCAAAGGAGUUCCUGCUGAAGCACCCUAAGCGCUCGACCUCUCUCAGCAUCAGGAACACCAGCGUCAUGAAGAAGGGAGGCGUUCUCUCUGCUGACUUUCUGAAGCUUUUCCUUCCUUCAUUAAUCAUUUCUCACAUACUUGCUGUUGGCUUGGGGAUAUAUAUUGGGAAGCGUCUGACUUCCCACAACACCUACUAAGUAGGAUGAUGUUGUGUUGCGACACCUUGUCACCUUGAGGUGACCAUCUUGGCAUGCCUUAAAAUGGGACCUUCUGAAGAUUGAGGGAGAUAUGGCCAUUUGACACGGUCCAAUUUAAUUGAGUGCCCAACUUAGUUCACUCAUACCAGCAUGGGGAGUUUAGGAUCAGUCAUUGCUGUUUCAUGGUGUUUACUCUGAACACAACAGUGACCAAUCCUGUGCUCCUUGCUGAAGUCUCUGUCCUGGCCUGGAGAUGACUGUUUUGCUGCUUCCUGCUCCUUAAAUCUGCACGUUAGGGAACUGAUAUAUUGUACGCCAUUGCCUUUUUUCAUUUUGCAAUGAGAAAUCACUUCAUUUAUUUUUUUUAGAGCAGCUGUGGAGAAAGGAAAUUGUUGUGACUUGUAUUUUUUUUGUCCAAGGGAUCAUUAGCCUAGUGUGUACGUGAUUGCAUUCAUUGCUGAUGCUCCAUUUGUGCAAUUGUAAAUCUGAUUAUAAGAAACUAAGCACUGCUACGGUCCAUUUUGUUUAUCCUACACAAAAUAAAAGCUGGAAAUACA